AUGGCCACGUUCGUAAUCGCUUUCUCUGCAGUCGUUGGAGCAGCGGAGGGAAUCCGGCAGACUCAAGUUCGCGCUCGAAGACAAGAACACCGAAGCAGGAAGAAUAAUCUCACCGUCCGUUGUCCCAAAUCAUCGGAGUAUAGUCAUGUCGUGGAAGGAAGAGCCAUAGUGCUUUCAGGAGACAAACUCUAUAUCGACACAGGUACCGUGCACGAUAUGCCAUUUGGUCACCCAUUCGCAGGCUACUUCCUCGGCUUCCCAGACACCAAAUACUCCGGCCUGGUCACCACGAUUUGCGAUGAGCCACCCAUCAUGAACUGGAUUUACGUGGACCGUGACACGCUCGAGGUCAAAUUCGGAGCUCGGGCUUAUGCCGAGCCGAACUACACCGGACCUUUCGACUGCACGCAACAGGAUCGACGCUUGACGUUCGGUGGUUGGGAAGGGUUUAUGGCUGUCAGAGAAGGGCAAUUCUGGUCCUUAUAUUUUGACUUACAGCAGAACAAGCUCAAGUCAAAGGUCACCGAGGGAACCGUCGUCCUGGAAAUAGAGUUAUCGAGGGUCGAGAUG